AUGGUUUCCAAGGUAAUGAUUUUAGUUGCUUUGGUGGGUGCAGUGUGCGCUGAGCACGCGUUCUCCUCCCAACACAUCCACAAGUACGACGGUCACCACGAGCCCGUACACCAUGGACACCAUCAUGAUUACUACACCCACCCUAAAUUCGACUUCGAGUACAAAGUGAGCGAUCCUCACACCGGCGACCACAAGAGUCAGCACGAGUCCCGCGACGGUGACGUCGUUAAGGGAUAUUACUCGCUGCACCAACCUGAUGGCUCUAUCAGACACGUCGACUAUCAUGGUGAUCAUCAUUCUGGGUUCCAUGCUGAUGUGAAAUACAGUACUCACCAUAUUAUACUGGUUUUGGUCGCGUUGGUGGGCGUUGUAUACGCUGAGCACGCGUUCUCCUCCCAACACAUCCACAAGUACGACGGUCACCAUGAACCCGUGCACCACGGACACCAUCAUGAUUACUACACCCACCCUAAAUUCGACUUCGAGUAUAAAGUGAGCGACCCUCACACCGGCGACCACAAGAGUCAACACGAGUCCCGCGACGGUGACGUCGUCAAGGGAUAUUACUCGCUGCACCAACCUGAUGGCUCCAUCAGACAUGUCGACUAUCAUGGUGAUCAUCAUUCUGGGUUCCAUGCUGAUGUGAAAUAUAGUACUCAUCAUAUUGUACCUCAUCAUCAUCACUACUAA